AUGGUGAUGUGUACAAUUCCAAGGGAUGCAUAUGACCCAUCCAAGAAGGAUGAGAAGAAGAAGGAAGAGCUAGAGGAGAAAGAGAACUCAAAGAACGAUGAGCCAAGGAGAGAUGAGGCAUCACCGGGCAUGGAAACCCAAAAGUCCAAGGGAAAGGAAUUGGUGAAGACCAAUGUACCCGUUUACAAGCUUCUGAUUCCAUUUACUCAACGACUUAGGAAAGACGUAGAUCAUACACAAUAUGGUAAAUUCCUUCAAUUUCUUAAACAACUCCAUAUUGAUAUGCCUUUUGUUGAUGCUUUAGGUGAGAUGCUGAGGUAUGCCAAAUUCUUGAAGGAGUUUCUUUCAAACAAGAUAAAGUUGGAGGAGUCUGCAACCGUUGUGCUAGGAGCGGAGUGUUCGACCAUUUUAGAUUUGGGCACCCUCAAGUCCACAUGGAUUUGCAUCCAAUUGGUCGAUAGGUCAACCAAGUACCCUCAUGGUAUUGUGGAGGAUGUCUUGGUGAGGGUAGACAAGUCCAUCUUUUCGGUCGAGUUUGUCAUUCUUGACAUGGAUCCUGAUGUGGAGGUGCCACUUAUCUUGGGGAAGCCAUUCUUGGCCACCACCCGGGCCCUCAUUGACGUUGGGGAGGGUAAAUUGGUGAUUUGUGUUGGUGACAAAUCUACUAGUUUCAACGUGUCAAAAUUGACAAAAUACCCCAUAGAAUGGGAUAAUAAGUGCUAUUAUAUACAAGGGUUUUUGGGUUUGAUUGAACGAAUUUAG